AGAAUAUACAAUGUUAUCAAAGCAGUUAUCAACCAGAUUCAAUGUUAUCAAAGCAGUUAUUAAUAUAAACUGAGUAAAAGUGAUUGCAUAUAAAACUGAUUUAGUAAAGCGUCGUAGCUGUUAGCAGUUAGCUGUUGUGGUUGCAGAGCUCGAAAUAAAAGUGCUAAACUACGCAGUUAGAUGAAGGGAUAAAGUAACAGUUAUUAAUACUGCAGGUUUUAAGCCAUGUCAGCAUGCUUAACCCUACUGAACCGCCGUGUAGCUGGGAGCUGCUGCAGGGUAUGGCGUGGUGUUCCUCGACAGCUCGCCCACAUCAGAUCAGCCAGCGUAGCAGAGCCGGGCAUGAGAAGAUCUGAUGAAGAACAUCUCUGGGAGGCAGCAGGCUACCUGCCGUUCUCCAGGGCCAAGAUAGGAUCUUUCUUCCAGGAAAGGCCAGUGCUGAAGAACCCAUUUCUAGAGGAUGCCUUGCUCAGAGGAUACCUGAGGAGACACCUGCCCCAGGAGGCAGCUUUCUCAGACCUGUGUGCAUUUGGAGAACGUGUGGCCAAUGAGGUGGAUGACUGGGGCAGGGAGUGUGAGGUUACGCCACCACGGCUGGUGCACUUUGACCCCUGGGGUCGCAGAGUGGACCACAUUGUGACCUCCCCAGCCUGGAAACACAUGAAAGACCUGUCAGCACAAGAAGGACUGGUCGCUAUUGGCUAUGAGAGGUCAUUUGGGGAGUGGAGUCGUGUGUACCAAAUGAGCAAGUUGUACAUCUUCUCUCCCUCCUCUGGUCUCUACACCUGUCCUCUGGCCAUGACUGACGGCGCUGCUAAAGUCAUCCAGUCUAUAGGUGUUUCGUGGCCAACAGAUGAAGCCUACAGUCGUCUGACAACCCGUCAGCCUGACCGUUUCUGGACGUCUGGACAGUGGAUGACAGAAAGACAGGGAGGAUCUGACGUGGGCAGUGGCACAGAGACGGUGGCUGUUCCCCAGACCGAUGGUUCAUACAAACUACAUGGCUUCAAGUGGUUCACCUCUGCUACAGACGCAGACAUGACCCUCACAUUGGCCCGAAUUCAGGACAGAACAGGAGCAACCACACCGGGUAGCAGGGGUUUGUCUUUGUUCUACGCGGAGGUGAGUAGAGAUGAGGAAGGCCGGCUGAAGGGAAUAGAGGUUCAGAGACUGAAGGACAAGCUGGGCACAAGACAGAUGCCGACUGCUGAGUUACUGCUGGACGGCCUGCAGGCACACAGGCUCUCAGAGGAAGGGAGAGGUGUGGCCUCCAUAGCCAACAUGCUGACUAUAACGCGGAUCCACAACAGCGUCUCUGCAGCAGCCGCAAUGAGAAGGGUGGUCCAGUUAGCUCGUGACUAUGCCACUCGCCGCUCUGCCUUUGGAAAGCCUCUUAAAGACCACCCACUGCACAUACAGACUCUCGCUAGGAUGGAGGUGGAGACUCGAGGAGCGUUCCUUCUGGUGAUGGAUGUGUGUCGCCUGUUGGGCCGAGAGGAAAGCGGCAUGGCGACCCAGCUUGAUACGCACCUGCUGCGUCUGCUCACUCCUGUGGUCAAACUGUACACUGGGAAGCAGGCGGUGGCUGUGGUGUCGGAGGGUUUGGAGAGCUUCGGUGGACAGGGCUACAUCGAGGACACCGGAUUGCCUGGACUACUUCGUGAUGCACAGGUGUUGAGUAUUUGGGAAGGUACCACAAAUGUCCUGUCUCUGGAUGUGCUGCGCUGUGUUGCUCGUAGCUCAGGAAUGGUUCUCCAUGCUUACGUCACCCACGCCAAGUCCCUGCUCGCAGGUGCAUCAAGUGUUUCCUCACUGGCCCCAGCAGUUAAAGCAGUAAACAGUGCUCUCUCUGAACUGGAGGACUUUGUUCAGGUAGCAGCUACCAGAGCACCCGGCUACCUGGAGCUAGCAGCCAGAGACCUGGCAUACAGCCUGGCUCGCAUCUACACGGGUGCCCUUCUUAUAGACCAUGCAUGUUGGAAAGGAGCCUCUCCAUCCGACACCUAUGCAGCUCUCAGGUGGUGUGAACACGACUUGUGUCCUGUGGCGACUAAACAGGCGAGAGGCUGCUAUGAUCCCAGCACUCCGCCGCUGGAUGCUGCGCUGGUGUACGACCGGCCGGUCUAAGACUGAAUGUUCACCGGAUGAAACUGUGACUUGAUAUUCAGGUCAUUGCUGUGCCUCAUUUAAAUUCUGUACCAGAUCUCCUUACUGUAGCACACUUCUGCGGUAUACAAAUGAUUUAUUUUUUAGGCCUGGGUGCUAAAAAGAGAUUGAAGUAGGUGAAUAAAACAUGACCCCAGCCUUUUCUCAUUCACAGUCAAGUUGAAAGCAAGAGUGGGCCAAUAUCAACAGACCACAAACUAACUAGAGCACAGGUCAUAAGCAAGAAGUUUUAUUUACAUGGUGCCUUCUAGUACUGUUGGAAAAACAGCUGAUGUGUGAGCUUAUUUGCACUAUUUUUACAACACCUAAUUGUUUUUAAUUGUACUGAGACAAAUUAUCUUGUAUGUUUAUUGUAUCAUGGUGUUUUACUGAGCCAAACUGUAUAUUUGAAAUCAAAUAAUGGCAAAGCAUGCUAACAAGGCUAUCAAGUGAUGUACAGUGUUUUGUUUGGAAAUAAAUGAACAAAGAAUGUAUAAGAAAUACAA